AUGGCUUCACUUGAUUUCAAUUACGCUGAACCGAUCGCGUCGCCCGAUAGUGCAUCUGAUUCUGAUAUGGAUUCAACUCCAGAACGUGUUGGUGCAAUUCACAAGUCAGAUCAUGUCGUGCUCAACGGACGUCCCGUCAAAGUAGUUGAAGUAUCACAUUCAAAGCCAGGAAAACAUGGUCAUGCAAAGGUUCAUUUAGUUGGUAUUGACGUCUUUACAAGUCGUCGGUAUGAAGAUGUUCGUCCAGUUGGACAGAUGAUUCAAGUACCAAAUAUUCAGAAAAAAGAAUAUACUAUUGUUGAUCUCAAUGGAUGUGAUUCUAUAAUAUUACGUGAUGAUAAUACAGGUAAAACACGUAAUGAUUUAAAAUUAAAAGAAGAUUGGGAUAUCACCGCUCGAAUCCUCGACAAAUAUAACGAAGGCAAAAGUCGGAUAAAAGUUACUGUUUUCAAGGCACUCGGCGAAGAGCAAAUCAAAACAUUUAAAGUAAUAGAGUAA